GAUAGUCUAUGAUUGUACCUUGGAGGGGGAGUAGUAGUGUGUCAAUUCUAGAUGCCGUGAUGGAUGAAGUUACGACAAAUGAUCCAGGAGGAGGAGACAGCAGUGGAACGUUAAUAUGUGCUGGUUGCCUUAAUGCCAUAGAUGAAGAUGAAUUUAUACAGGCAUUGAGUCAAGAAUGGCACAUUGAUUGUUUUCGAUGUUCUGUAUGCGACAUUGGUCUUUCCUCUUGGUAUUUUGAGAAAGAUGGCUUACUUUUUUGUAAAGAUGAUUAUUUGGCUGCAUAUGGAGAAGCCUGUCAAGGUUGUGGUCAUAUCAUUACUGGACCAGUUAUGCUGGCUGGCGAUCACAAAUUUCACCCAGAAUGUUUUGCCUGUAAUUCAUGUGGAGCUUUUAUUGGAGACGGGGAGAGUUAUGCGCUUGUUGAAAGAUCUAAACUUUACUGUGGAGUGUGCUACAAAAGACAAAUGCAGCCGCUUAGCAGAACAGCUAAUCAUCCGUUUGUUAGGAAACCACAUAGCAUAAGACUCGUAGAAAUACCUCCAAGUACAACCAAUUCUGAUAAGCAACGAGAAAUUAAACUCACAUUGGAUACAGCUCCUAAUCCUCGCAGUUGUGGUGCAUUACUUCGUAUCUCUGCGUUAAUGAGAAAUGUUCGUGGCAAGAUCAGUAAGCUGCUGGCCUCUGUGAUGGAGGUUCUGUUUAGGCUAUGCUGCCACUUCUCUAAUCAUAGAUUAAAUAUGUCCAGUGAUCUCAUGUCUUUACAUAUUGGAGAUCGAAUAUUAGAAGUAAAUGGUACACCUGUUAAAGAUCAACCCGUAGAAAGCAUAGAAAAUCUUAUACAAUAUUCAGACACAGUUUUACAGUUGACCAUUGAACAUGAUCCUGAUGCAGUAUCACGUCGUUUAACAUUUCCUUCACCACCACCAGCAUUACUGACAACUGCAAGUCCAAGAACGAGUCCGGAAGGUAAAGAAAGACUUUUCAAACGUCGUGACGAGGGUUAUAUCAGUGGUACACGAAGUAGACAACUAAGAAGAACGCGAGAUCCUAUGCACAAAGAACGUAGCAGCUCAAUGUCACGUCUAUUAGACGGAACAACUCCAACUAAUCCUACGUGUGACUUAAGUCGAACCAGAUCUUUUCGCGUAGAACCAAAAAAUCAAAGAAUAUUUCGAGCCAGCGAUUUGGUUAAAGGUGAACUUCUGGGAAAAGGAUUCUUUGGACAAGUUUUUAAAGUCACUCACAGAGAUACGAAUGAAGUUAUGGUGCUGAAAGAAUUGUACAGGGUAGACGAAGAUGCUCAAAAGAAUUUCUUGAAAGAAGUUGCAGUAUUACGUUCGUUACAUCACAACAAUGUUCUACGUUUCAUCGGUGUUCUUUACAAAGACAAGAAACUACAUUUAGUUACUGAAUACAUAUCAGGUGGCACAUUAAGAGCUCUUCUUCAUGAUACCAACGAAUUAUUACCAUGGGAACAACGAACAUCUUUUGCAAAAGAUAUUGCCGCUGGUAUGGCAUAUUUACAUUCCAUGAAUAUCAUUCAUCGUGAUUUAAAUUCCCACAAUUGUUUGGUACGAGAAGACAAGACCGUUGUUGUGGCAGAUUUUGGCUUAGCCAGGAUCAUACAAAACGGCAAUACCCCAGAUAGUCGUAAAUACAAUAGACAUUCCGAUGGUGGAGAAAUAAAGACAUCUAAGAAAGAACGUAAGAAGAGAUACACGGUGGUUGGAAAUCCAUAUUGGAUGGCACCUGAAAUGAUGAAAGGUAAUAAGUACGACGAAAAAGUAGAUAUAUUCAGUUUUGGAAUAGUCGUUUGCGAGAUAAUAGGACGAGUACAAGCUGAUCCUGAUUAUUUACCAAGAUCCUCGGACUUUGGAUUAAAUCAAAAUGCAUUUAAGGAAAAAUUUUGUGCUAAUUGUCCGGAAACGUUUUAUAUAAUCGCCUUCCUUUGUUGCGAUUUAAAUCCAGACAAAAGACCACCUUUUGAACUUAUGAAAAUUUGGCUGGAAGGAUUAGCAAUGCAUUUAUCUGUAGGAGCAGCAUUACCACAUGAUUUAGACUUUGAUAUAAGACAUUACACGGGACCUAGUCCGAGCAGUAGUGAAUCAACAACUCCUGAGACUUUGGUUCCACAAUUGAAACCCAUUAAAGAAGGUCAAGUGCAUCAGGAAAAGAAACGAUCGAGUGGUUGCGACGAUAGUACACUCGAAAGGGAAUUUGAAUGUGUAGACAAAGAAUUACCUCGAAGUUCCGAGUUGAUAAACAUUCGAGGAAGAUAUACGAGACAGAAUAGUAAACCAAAUGAAAGCGCAACAUCUUCCAAUCGAUACACGAGACAAAAUUCGAAAUGUAAAGAACCAGUGGAAAGAGAAAAACCAGAUAUCGUCAUAUCACUCGAUUGCAAUGAUUAUAGUAAUCGAUAUUUACGUCAGAAUAGUAAAUCGAAAGAUGCGGGAAGACUCGAUGAGACUGAACACAAUUUGAACCGAGUACCAACUCUUGAAAAGAUAAGAUACGUAGGAAAUUCAAAUCCUUGCAAAUUCUCCGAUAAUCCGUCUGAAUUUUAUAAAGUCGAUAACAAAUGUUCGUACAAAUUGAACAACAAUAACACCAGCAAUAAUAAUAAUAAUGUGCAUACAAAAAGCAUGAGCGGGGAGUCCAGUGGAUCUAACUCAAGCACAUCAUCAAAUAACAAAACAAAGCAGGAUGGAAAAUUCAAGAUACCAGAUGCAGGGAAUAUCGUUGGCUCGUAUUUAAGGCAAAUUGGAAAGACAUUAGGCACGAUUGAUAAGGAAAAUAAAUCUUCUAACAGUCAGAAUGGUGUUAACUCUUGUACCGAUUUCAAGAAGACAACGACACCAGGAGAGACGAUAAAAUCCUCAACUGGUUCUUAUUUAAGAAGGACAAGGAUAUCACCGACUAAGGAAACUACGAAAAAUGCAUUUCAGGUAAAGGAUAAUAUUUCGACAGAUGUCAAGUCAAUGCAAUCAACGUCAUCAGUGUCAAGUGCCAAAGAGUUGGUUCCAAAUCAGAAUACAGAUAAAGAAUUAUCUAGACAAGCUAGUGUACUUUCUGACGUUGGUAGUAUAUUAUCUAGACAAGGAAGUCUCACGGUAUAUGGUAGUCUAUCUAAAAUCAAAGACAACAAUCUAUCUUCUGUUCGACAUCAUAUAUUAAAAAGCGCAGAAGAACAUUUAGAACCAAAAGUUAAAACAGAAAGAUGUACAACAUAUCAAAAUCGUGAGUUACGUGAUCUUCCAUUGGAUCCUACUAGAACGGACGAAAGGCAACGCUACAUAAUAUCUCAUCGUUUAGAAAAUACGCAAGCAAUGCUUGAUGAUCCCAAAACUUCGGUCAUCAACUCGAAAUGUCUUUAUGAUAGCGGAUUUAAAUUAUCGGCAAAUGCUUUGGCCGAGUAUGCUGAGUGCUACAAAAGUUUAGAUCUAUGCAGGCAAGAUAGUUUUGGUAGCGAUAGCGCAGUUGGUACUAUGAAGAGCGAUUUUUUUGCAGAUUUAGGUUUCGUCAAAUUGAAUGAUGGUAGGUUGACACCGGAUGUCAGUCAUAGUCCUGAAAGGUGCUGUACACCUAAUAGAUCGUCAUCUCCUAUAGAAAGUACUGCUUUGUAAAAAUAUGUAAAAAGGAAAAAAAAAAA